AAGUGGAAUCUUUCAGUGGUUCGUGCCAAUGAUUCUCUCCGAAGGAAAUCAUCAAACUUGGAUGAAGUCACUCAGAGGCAACUGAGGGGCGUGAAAGACCAAUCGCGGUCGUGAUGUUGGAUAUAAUGUAAUUGAUGUGCAUGAGAUUGCUUGGAUGAUUGUUGAUGGUGCAGCGUCACUACAGAAUUGUAUUCUCGGGUUCAGCUGCACUUUAGUUGUUAGUUAGUCAGGAUGGGAUCGUGGAAAUCACCAACCAUCAAAUCCUCGCACACUGUGUUGAUAUGUCCUGCAUCGCCCACUGCGCCAGAUGAGCGGCAUCUCGCGCUUACCAAUCUGGAUCGUAAUGAGACGCGGAUUUUCACGCCCGCGAUUCUGUUGUAUGCGGCACCGGCGAAUUUGGACUUGCAGACGGUAGUUGCGAGCUUGAAAGAGUCGUUGCGGAAGACUUUGGUGGAGUACUAUCCCUUCGCUGGGCGUUUCACCAAGGGGGAAGAUGGAUUGGAAGAGGUGCUGUGCAAUGACGCGGGAGCAUUUUUCACGGAGGCGGUUGUGGAGGAGACUUUGGAAGAGAUUGGGGGCUUCGAAGGUUGUGUAAUGCUGUCGGGUAUGGAGGCCGCAGGUCUGAGGAGCAUGGGAUUUCAUUCUCUGGACGAGUAUGAAGAGAUUCCUCCUCUUGUCAUCCAGGUCACAUCUUUCAAGUGCCAGUCGAUAGCGUUGGCGGUGAAUUGGUAUCAUAUGGUUUGUGAUGGUUUCGCGGGCAUGACUUUCUUGAAGGCGUGGUCUGAAUUGGCAAGAGGGCUACCCAUCACCUCUCUUCCUGACCAUCGACGCCAUUUGCUGGCAGCUCGAGUACCACCGCAGCCGCUCGGCGAAGUUCCUACUGGAUUUGAGUUGCUGUCUGCGAAGCCUGAGGAGCAAGAGUCCGUGGCAGAUUCUGAAGUAGAUGAAAAAAAGCCCUGCAAGAAAGUGGAGUUUAUACUCUCCGAAAAAGAUAUAAAGCAACUUAAGAAACAAGCUUCAGGCGCAUUUACCUCUGGCGAGUGCAUUUCAGCUCAUCUGUGGAAGCUCGUCACCAAAGCCAGAGGAUUGAGCAGGGAAGACACCACCACCAUUUUCACCGUUGUCGAUGCAAGAAAGAGGAUAAAAGAUUUUCCUUUGAACUACUUCGGUAACUGCGUUUUUGCUAGGAGAUCGGACUGUACAGUGGGGGAUGUCUUGGACAGGCCUCUGGGUCAUCUUGCUCAGCUUAUCCAUGAUUCUGUGUCUGGCGUUACGGAUGAGUAUGUGAGGUCGGUUGUGGAUUAUAUUGAGGUCACAGGAGCUUCAAACCUUGCGUGGUCUCGACAGAGGAUCACUACACACAAUCUGCAGCCAACGUUUUGGAGGUUUUUCCCAAUUUAUGAGCUAGAUUUUGGGUUCGGGGUACCAACGUAUGGAGGUAGAAAUAGUCCCAUUGAAGGAUCUACAGGCUUUGCUGGAGUGAUUCCCACUCCUACCACUUCCAGAGAUGGGUCUGUUCUGAUAAAUGUGUUUCUCUUCCAGGAGGCGGCAGAUAAUCUUGCAGCAACGCUGGGAGUACAGUGUUCAUUUGCUGCACAAGCACAUGGAUAAUCAACAUUUGAAGUUUAGCAUUCUGAUACGACUUCUGUGGCAUCGUCAUUUCCAUUACGCAUGUUACACCAGAAAUUCAAUACAUAUGUUCUUUUCAAGUAUCUAUCGCUGUUGUAUCAGUCUGUGCUUCAAGCCAAGAUCACGGCAACAGGCCAGCCUAAGUAACGCAGAUUCUCAGGGACUUUCACAAACAAGUACACGAAACCUACGACACAAGUACUUCAAAAUGAACUAGCAAUUUUGCUAAGAUUGCAAACAUUAUUAUAUCAAGAAUAAUUGACAGGCGAAUAUGACAAUUUUCGAAUAUUUACAAAUCUUCUAUAGAGGAAUGACUUUUGUUGGUCUCCUUGAACAUGAGAAGAGGUCUUUUAGUCUUUCGUUUUAGAUGCCCUAGAGCCUGUUAGCACCUUGAAGAGCUGUGUGAGCACCUUAAGAAACGGGUCUGCAUGGUCACUGUCUGGUUUUUAUUCAACCAGUCCAAAAUAUGCUCAUUCACCAUCAAUCUAUCAGUUCCUCGAAGGGCAAGAGCAGAGAUGAAAGGUGCAGUACCACUGGCAUCUUGCACGAGGCAAAGCGACGUUUCGUUCCUAUCCCCAAUCUGGAAUGUCACCUCUCGUAGAACUGUAUCUUAUACACUUAAUAUUUAGACAUUCUCGAAUAUUGUAGAAUCCAAGACUAACUGGAAGCUCGGCAGAGUCAUGGAGUUGUCGCAGCUUCCGUGGUAGAAUCAUGCUCUCAUACUGUAAACUUGCCUUGGAUUUUCGGGAAUUGUGAAGCAAUUCUUGGCACGAGAUUCACCACUGAAGUAGCGAAGAGUCUGCAUCUCUGACCAGAGGACUUUCAGGUUGCUCCCGAUUUUUCCAGUUGACACGAAAGCAUUAUGUGGAGACCAUAUUAUGGAAUAAUUAUCUGUGUUCUGAUCUUCAGCGCCACAUUCGAGGUAGAAAAAGUCUACCAAUUUGAAACAAGACAAGCGUGGAUACCUUAGAAGACUUCACGGCAGAAGGAAGAAAUUGCAGCGGGGAAUCGAAAAAUAUAUCACACCAACAAAUGGGCCAAGAAACAAUGCCACCAAAACAUUCCUCUCUUUAGAGCAAAGUAGCAUGCAUGUUCUGCUCGAGUUGCGGACAGUUAUUUUCGCUGAGGACAUGAUAGGGAAAGCACCCGUUCAUGGCUACAAGGGAGGAAUGCUGCCAUGAUACUCUUCAAAGUCCAUUCAAUUGCAACUUGUUUAGGAGUACGUGGUCCCUAAAUUGCGUGGGAGUUACCACACCCCCUCUCAGGAUGUGGUAAUUGCUUUUCAUCCUCACACAUGAAACAGAGAGUCCUUCAGAGUGCUUGAGCAUUGGCAAC